AAUUCCCCUCUCUCUCUCUCUCACACACACACACAACAUGAGGAUGAAUGUGAAAGAAUCGACGAUGGUGAGGCCAAUGGCAGAAACGCCAAGUGGGAGUCUGUGGCUGUCGAAUUUGGACUUACAAAUGCCGGCUAACUACCACAGCCGCUUCGUCUACUUGUACCGUUCCAAUGGCGCCGCCAACUUCUUCGACGUUGGCUUGCUGAAGGCGGCGCUUGGGCGGGUUCUGGUUGACUUCUACCCCUAUGCAGGGAGGUUGGAGAAGGCGGAUGACGGGCGCCUCCAGAUUAACUGCAACGCCGAGGGAGUGUUGUUCGUGGAGGCGGAGUGCGACGCCGCCGUCGAUGACUUGGGUGGUUUCGCGGCCCACGCCCCCGACCUCUCUCUCGUCCCUAAAGUCGAUUAUUCCCGGGGGACUUCCACCUUCCCACUUUUGUUGCUGCAGUUGACUCGGUUCAAAUGCGGUAGCAUUUCCUUGGGCGUUGCAAACGACCACCACAUUUCCGACGGGACCUCCGCCCUCCGUUUCAUCAACACGUGGUCCGACACCACCCACGGCGUAACAGCUGCGGCUGUCCCCCCGGUGCUGGACCGCCGCCUCCUCUCGGCACGCUGCCCGCCGCGGCCCCGGUUCCCCCACGACGAAUUCCAGCCCUCGCCGCCGCUCACAACCCCUCUCCCCAACACCGACACAUCACACUCAACAUUCAAACUCACUCCCGCCCAACUCCACGCCCUCAAGCAGAGAUGCAAAUCCGGUUACACCACGUACGAGGCGGUCGUCGGCCACGUGUGGCGCUGCGUCUGCGCAGCCCGCCGCCUCCCCCCACGCCAACAAACCAAGCUGCAGUUCUCGGUGAACGGGCGUCCGAGGCUGCGGCCGCCCCUGCCGCCGGGUUUCUUCGGCAACGUGAACUUCUAUACCACGUCGACUGCUCUGUGCGGCGAACUGGUGUCGAAUCCGGUGGAGUUGGCGGUGGAGAAAGUCCACGAGGCGGCGGCCCAAAUGAAGGACGAGUAUUUGAGGUCGGCUAUCGACUACUUGGAGGUGCAGCCGCCAAGUAUGAGCACCGCCUCCCGCAGCGAUAAGAGCGUGAGGUGCCCUAAUUUGGAUAUCACGAGCUGGGUGCGGCUGUUCUCUUUCAACCCGGAUUUCGGGUGGGGGAAGCCGGUUUAUUUCGGACCGGCAGCGGUUCAGUACGAAGGGAAGGCUUACUUGCUCGUUGAUCCCGAGAGUGAUGGGGGUUGGUUGCUUCAAAUCACAUUGCUCAAGCCGCAUAUGGAAGCGUUUCACAACUUGUUUUAUGACAUUCCUCCAAAAAAUAUGACAAUUUGCAUUCGCCACAAGUUGUAAUGUCAAUAAACAUCGCAAAAACUCCGGUGAAACCGGUUUUACAAUGACACUACUUCAACAUUCAUUUGCAUGUUGAAGUGGUGUUAUUGAAAAUAUUAAAGUGUCAUUUGUAUGUUGAAGUAGUGUCAUUCGCAAAACUGAUUUCACCGUGAAAUCGGUUUCACGGGAGACCACCUCAAUAAACAUUGUGCAUGCGUGCGUGUAUUUUU